AUGAACGGCGAGAAGAAAUUUGCAGCGACGGAAAGCAGCUUUUCAGAGUGCCAGUGUACAGGAUAUACACGUUCUGAUAAUGCUCCAUGCUCCAGGUUGCAAAACGCAUUUCCAGGAGCACCAGCACCAAAGCCGUCACGACGAACAACAGCAGCCACCAGUGCGACACUUCGAAAAGCGGGUAGCAUUGGAAAUAUACGUACUUUGCUCACAUCAUCAACUUCAGUUGCAAAGGAAGCUUCGAAAAGGAUGCCCGGUGCAUGUCCAUAUCGACAGAACAAGCUCGAGCAGUCGGCACAUUUACAGGAGCAAUAUACGAGGAAUCUACAGCAGCAGAUUUAUCUUCUCGAACUUGAAAACAAUUUUUUGUAA